AUGUAUGUAUGUAUGUGCUCUGCAAAAAUGAAGACUCUUGUAAUUAUUAAAUUACAGCUCGAUAGUUUCCGCAGUUCAAUGAUCUCGCAUAAGUUUGUUUAUGGUGAAAUCCUCACCCAACUGAGCCGUCCUUCAUGUGCGCAAGCGUUUCUUUCUGGAACUGAUGGAGCCCUCACAUUGAAGCAGGCAGAAAUUGACUUUCUACAACGCUUGAAAUCGGCUUGGUACCCUUCCUUUCGUGAAUGCUCUUCAUUGAAGUUGGUGGAGGCGAAAGCUGCUGAAGCAUCUCGCGUUGUUGCUGCUGUUCUAUCUGCGAGUGAGGCGGUUGUAGACAAGGAACUCAAUUUGAAAGCGAUCGUCUGGAACUCGGCUCCCCACUAUUUCGCCUAUUUCUAUUACUAUACUGAUCUGUACUCUAUUAUACAAGAAACAUGUGAAUAG